UCAGUCAAAUAAAUGGUGAAUUGUGUUUGAUACAACGAUAACCCAGAAAUGGGAUCGUGACAAAUAAACUUGGAGACAAUGGACAGGGUUUUGGUAGAAUAAACUUGAGUCAAGAAUUAAAUACACCGAAUUUUCACGCAUUCACUGAUCACCAUGUCAUCGGUUCAACGUGCCUUCGCUCAUAAAUUGAGCAAGCAGCAUGCGUCUGACGUAAGACGUCAGAUAGCUACUUCAACAUCUUACUCAAGAGAUUUGUCGAAAAGUGGCAGCAGUGUCUCAGGUUUCUCAUCAAUGAUGUCACUCUGUGAGGUGUUGGAGCCUUUGGACUAUGAAGAAUUUUUGGCCCAGCAUCAGACCAUGUUGGAUCGCGAUCCAUUGCAACCAAUUUUGGAUUUCCCAAAAGGGGAUGUCGAACUGAAAGUUGUUAAAAGAAAAAUUCGAACAGAAGAACCUGUUGUCCCAUCUGAAACACUGGAUACAGUGUCACCUUACGUACGGCGGUGCGUGGAGACUUUUACGUCGGAUUGGGUGAUAGUGAAUCGAAAGUACAAAAGACGAGUUUCCCCCAUUGCCAGAGAUCGGCUUCUGCAGGAUACACCCAGGCAGGACUUUGAGGUUGAUCAAGAAGAUAUUAAUGGUGCUUUGUCACCUCACGAUGAUGAGGAUUUUUCAAAUUCUGCGGACACACCGCGAGGUUCGUGGGCUAGCCUAGAUCUGCGUCACUCUCAGCAUGACCCAUUAUUACCUGGACUUCUGGACCGUGUUUGUCCAGAAACUGUGGAUCUAACAAAUGAAGAGAAACGUUCAGAAGACCGCCAGGAAGCUUUGUUUCCACUUUAUGCACCUCCGUCCUCGCCAGAUGAUGAGUGGCAGGAGAUAAUCCCAGCCUUAGAACCUUCUGAGCCAUUCUCUCACAAAAUAUUAGUUAAAUGCCUACAGUUGAAGUUGGAGCUUGAGGUUGAGCCAAUUUUUGCCAGCUUAGCAUUGUAUGAUGCCAGAGAGAAAAAGAAGGUUUCAGAGAACUUCUACGUUGAUAUGAAUCCUGAGGGAUUAAAACGAAUGCUUGGAAGUCAUAUCGCAUACAGUGAUACGAGCACCCUGGCUAGAAGCUGUGUUUUCAAUAUCAGUAAGCCAAGUCCAGACUUGUUCUUGGUCGUAAGAUUGGAGAAGGUUUUGCAAGGUGACAUCUCGGAAUGUGCUGAGCCAUAUUUGCGGGAAGAUAAAAAUAAAGAUAAGGUAAGGGCAGCUGCAGUGGCAGCAUGCGAGCGACUUGGGCGUUACAGAAUGCCUCUGGCGUGGACAGCCAUUCAUCUUUCUGGAGUUAUUGGUGGGGGCUGUGCUGAUGAUUCAGAGAGUACUGGAAGUGCCGGAUCCUUGGAUAGAAAAUCUGGAGGACUAGAGCAAUGGAGAAAGAAAGUCGAAGCUCCAACAAGACGAGGCUCUCUGGAAAGGCGCAGUUCUGACAAGCGACGUAGCUGGUCACAGGAUGACUUCGCCAACUGCUUAGACAGCUUUAGGCCUAUCACCCUGACUGUAUCAAGUUUCUUCAAGCAGGAGGGUGAGCGACUGAGGGAUGAAGACUUGUAUAAAUUAUUGGCUGAGCUACGUAGGCCUGGAUCUAACUUGAAAAGAUUGAAAUGCUUACCUGGUAUUCUAAAAUUAGACCUCAGUCCAAGACCUGAUGAACUUCCACGAUGCUUGGAUCCGGACUUGAGAAGAUUGACACCUUAUCCUGACGAGAAGAGCCGACCAUUCAAAGAGAUACUUGAAUUUCCUAGCAAAGUAGUCUCCCCAGAUUUGUCAUAUCGUAAUCUGCUUUACAUUUAUCCUAAGGAAGCUAAUUUCAGUGCAAGGGCAGUGUCUGCUCGAAACAUAGCGGUGAGAGUACAAUUGAUGGGUGGUGAGCACGAGGCAGAUGCUCUGACCGCAAUAUUUGGUCGUUCUUCAUGCCCUGAAAUGACGCACGAGGCAUUCACGUCCGUUUCUUAUCACAAUAAAAACCCAAGCUUUUAUGAUGAAAUUAAAAUAAGACUUCCUGCCGAUUUAAGCGCUAAGCACCAUUUAUUAUUUACAUUCUAUCAUAUCAGCUGCCAGAAAAAGGUUGAACAACCAAACGUCGAAAUGCCAGUUGCUUACACGUGGCUACAGUUGCUCAGGGACGGACACUUGCAGUCAGGAGAAUUCUGCUUACCAGCUACAUUAGAUCCUCCACCAGCAAACUAUUCGUACAUAGCGCCAGAUGUGUGUCUGCCGGGUACAAGAUGGGUAGACGCUCACAAGGGAGUGUUCACACUUAUUUUAGAGCCUGUGUCAAGUGUACAUCCCCAAGACAAGUAUAUUGACAGAUUCCUUUCACUUUGUGGCUCUCUGGAAACUGGUCACAUACCUCCACGAAUCGGUGAAGCAGGAAUGGAAUCAGAGUUGAAAGCUUCAAUGUUGGAACUGGCCAGAGCCUCGCCGGCUGCAUUAGUUCGUUCGCUUCCUCAGCUGCUGGACCAGCUUGUCUGCUUAUUAGUCAGGCCUCCAGCUUUGCCUUCUCAGCCUCUGAAUAUAGCAGCUGUUGUGUUUGAGGCUCUCGGUUUACUAGUCAGAAAUGUGACAAACCUACCAGACGACCAAGUCGACACCCAUGGGCGUCAUCCUCUGCUAGCAACUUACACAGCAUACCAAUGCUGCUUGCCGACCCUGUCACAUACCUCUAGCGUUGUUCGAGCUCGAAGUAAUCCAGAUCUGCCCGUUGAAGACCUAGAAAUGGAAGCCCACACCAGGGGCCUGGAUAGAACAGCCUCGAUGCGUCAGGAAUCGCCGUCUGUUAACAAUCAGGCGGCAGGAAGGCUCCUGCAUGAGGAGUUAGCCUUACAUUGGGUGGUUUCAACAGGGCAGGCACGGGAACUAGCCAUGACGCAUUCCUGGUUUUUCCUCGAGCUUAUAGUUCGCUCUAUGGUGGUAUCUUUGUCAGAGAUUGACGGAGUCGAACCUCCAAGGAAAUCACGGUUUUCUCCGCAGUUUUCAGACGACGUUGCUACCCUUGCGGCGGCACUAACGUCUGAGGUGAUCGUACGCUGUGGAAAAGAAAACCGCACAGCUUCUAAUCUUAUUUCAAGCCUUGGAAAUUUCCUCUCUGACUUACUGUCCAUCAUGGACAGAGGAUUUGUUCUCUCCUUGGUUCGUGUCAGCUGUUGUUCUCUCGCUGAGUCGUCUAUGCAUGUACCGGAUUCUGCUGCACUGUUUGCCCUCAAGCUUGAUUUGGUUAGAACAAUCUGUUCUCACGAACAUUAUGUGGCCUUGAACCUUCCUUUCGGAACUGGCUACACAGGGUGGUCAGGAUCAGCUCCAGCUUCGCCCAGUCCAUCGACCGGGAGCUCAGGGAGUUUAAUAUCAACUCUGGUACCAGGAGACCGAGCAAGGUUCUCAGAACUCAGUUCGGAGUUUAGACAGCAGCAUUUCCUUGUUGGUCUGGUUCUCUCAGACCUUGCUAAUACCCUCGAAAUACCAAAUCCUAUGCUGCAAAAUAAAGCUAUUGGUACUGUUCGCUAUCUCAUGGGCUGUCACGAUGUAGAUCCAAGGUACGCAGAUCCAUCAGCUAAAUCUCGUGUGGCUGCACUCUACUUACCACUCCUAAACAUUAUGAUGGAUGCACUGCCCCAACUUUAUCAUUGGGAUUCUAAGGAGAGAAGCGUUUAUCUGGACGAAUCUGGUUCCAUUACGCAAUCUGUAGCCCUUGCAAUAGCAGGAGGCGCGUCGACAGAUGUGGCUGGAACGCAAUGCAGAGUUUCCUUGAGUUCCGAGGCCACCAGGCAUUUGUUAAUGUGUGCUCUCUGGGUUUUAAAAGGCCUGGAAAAAUCAGCUUUGGCACAGUGGUGCUCCGAAUUGAGCUCUAGACGUGUUUUGAGUCUGUUACAAGUCCUGAAUAUUGCUACUGCAGCGUUUGAAUACAAAGGAAAAAAGGCGUUGAAGAGGUGUCCACCUCAAGCUGCAGCCACCAGCGACAUUAGGUCUAGAUUGGAAGACGUUAUACUCGGUCAGGGAAGUGCCAGAAGCGAAAUGAUGCUGAGACGAAAGGAAAGAUCCAGCGGGGACCGACUAAGAUGGAGAAAAGAUCAAAUGCCGUACAGGCCCACCGAGCAGACCGAAGGCCGAGCAGUUGAGCAGGAUGCCCAUAUUGAAGGGGCUCUUGCAGCUGAAGCUUCACUUGUAGUUUUGGAUACACUGGAGUCUGUUGUACAAGCUGAUGGUGGAGGAGGUGCAGUAGUUGGUGCAGUCUUGAAAGUUCUUCUUAGAGCAUUGGCCAGAAAUCAAAGCACCUUGGUUCUUCAGCACAUGUUUAACACUCAGAGAGCUCUUGUAUUCAAGUAUCAUAGUGCGCUUUUUGACGAGGAAAGCGAACGGUGUGGAGACUUGUGUCUGACGUUGCUGACCAGGUGUAGUUCGCCAUUAAGUGCCGUCAGAAGCCAUGCAGCAGCUAGUUUGUAUCUGCUGAUGCGACAAAAUUUUGAAAUCGGAAAUAAUUUUGCCCGAGUAAAGAUGCAAGUCACAACUUCGCUAUCUGCGCUAGUUGGUCGUGGUAGAGCACCGAGUGAAGGUGCGCUCCGGCGAGCCUUAAAAACCGUCUUGGUCUAUGCUGAACGUGACACAGAAUUAGCGGACACGAGUUUUCCAGAGCAAGUUAAGGACUUGUUAUUCAAUCUCCAUAUGAUCUUAUCUGAUACUGUGAAGAUGAAAGAGUUUCAGGAAGAUCCUGAGAUGCUCUUGGACUUGAUGUACAGAAUCGCAAAGGGAUACCAAGGAUCACCAGAUCUCAGAUUGACGUGGUUAGCAAAUAUGGCGCAGCAGCAUAUGGAGAGGAAGAAUCACACGGAAGCGGCCAUGUGCUUAGUGCACAGUGCAGCUCUGGUUGCAGAGUAUCUUCACCUUUUAGAACCAGGUGGAGGAGGCAGGCCAGUAGGUGCCGUCGCUUUGGCACCUGUGACACCAAACGCUCUUGAGGAAAGUGCGGUCGGAGAUGACGUGCUGGCAAGACGAGAAGAAGGAUUGUGUCUUGGGCCAGAUUUUUCGGAAAGUGGUUUGGCUGGGCUCCUAGAACACGCGGCUAGCUCGCUUCACGCUGCUGGAAUGUACGAGGCCAUCGCUGAUGUUUACAGAGUGUUGUUACCCAUAGCUGAAGCCGCUCAUGAUUAUAAAAAAUUAGCGAAUAUCCACGGGAAACUGCACGAGUCCUAUACCAGAGUGGAGCAGCUUGCUGGAAAGCGUGUCUUUGGAACGUAUUUUAGAGUCGGAUUCUACGGAACACGGUUUGGCGACUUGGCUGGAGACGAGUUCGUCUAUAAGGAGCCGACUCUGACGAAACUUCCCGAGAUAUUUUCCAGGCUUGAAAAUUUUUACGCUGAAAGAUUUGGCGCUGAUAAUACCGUAAUAAUAAAGGAUUCAAACCCGGUAGAUCCCAGUAAAUUGGAACCGGACAAAGCCUAUGUUCAAAUAACUUACGUCGAGCCUUACUUCGAGCCUCAUGAAUUACGGCAUAGGCCGACGGUGUUUCAUCGAAAUUUCAAUAUCAAACGCUUUGUAUUCGCUACCCCCUUCACUCCGAGCGGAAAAGCUCAUGGAGAGUUGCGGGAACAGUGCAAGCGGAAGACGAUAUUGACUGUAGCGACCCAUUUUCCGUAUUUGAAGACUAGAAUUCGGGUUGUAGCAAGAAAACUGAUUGUGUUAAGUCCCAUCGAGGUCGCGAUUGAAGAUAUACAGAAGAAGACAGCCGAGGUAGCAGCGGCGACUGCUCAGGAGCCUCCGGAUGCAAAAAUGUUACAGAUGGUUUUGCAGGGAUGCAUUGGAACAACAGUGAAUCAAGGUCCGGCCGAAGUAGCAGUGGUCUUUUUAUCCGGCCUGCGAGAUCAGAAUGUUCAGCCCUCGAGACUGCAGCAUAAACUUCGGCUCUGCUUUAAAGAUUUUUCUAAAAAAUGUCUAGACGCUCUGAGACGAAACAAAAAUCUGAUCGGACCUGAUCAGCGUGAUUACCAAAAAGAGUUGGAACGAAAUUACCAAAGGUUGACUGAAAGAUUGACACCAUUGAUCGCUUGGAGCGGACCAGCGGCGCCAAACCAGACGUUACCAACGUCACCGCGCUGGUAAGUUUUCUCGUUCUACGAUCACAUUCACCAAAGAUAUUACCUAUUAAUUCGACGCAUAAAGUUGGGACGCGUACUCGUAUCGUAUUGAAAUAUUCUUUCUCAAGAAAUCUCAUAUACCAAAGUACUUACGAAAAAAGUACUUAAAUACUCUAAUAUUUAUGCAAUAGGAUUUUAUAUUUAUACACGUAUGGUGCCGUAAUCUAAAGAACAAAAACGAUCGUGGUAUUGCGAUUUUAAAAUUGGAAUUUUCGACAUGACCGAGAAAGUGGUGGCAUGUGUAAGAGCAAGCAUAUAGCGUAUGAUUUGCGAGCCGUAAAAAAGGAGAUAAAUUUACCAAGUAUUUCUAUCAAUGUCUAAGUCAUUCGAGAAUCGGCGAACAUGACGAGUAGCACAUGUGUAGUAUUUCACCAAAUAUUUUAUUUAUACUCAACUUUGGGUAUACCGUGGUAUGAUUUUAUUAUUCGAGGGGAGAUAAAAUUGAGAGAAAUAACGUCGAGAAAGUACGGUUCUAAUUGUACCGAAACGCACAGUUGAUGAUAUAUUUUAUAGCUCUCGAGCACAUAGUAUACUAUAACAUUUAUUGUUACUUAUAAUAAGUAAUGUACGAUUUUGUAUUGGAAAAAAAAAUAUAUAUAAAUAUAUACAUUUUGUCGUGAUAGCCUAGCUACGAAAACAUA